AUGGCGACCAAGGCAAACCAGCUCCACUGUAGGGCCCAGCGGGUCACUCCAUCAGCGGCAGCGCAGCGACAUGAUCAGCGGAAGGACGGAGGCAUGCGAGUCGGCGGCAGCAGCAGCGAUCUCCGUCGCGUACUUCCUCGACUCUGUCUGCUGAUCUUACCUUUCCUCCUGGUCCUUCAGCUACUGGUCGGACUAAAGGUGCCGGGAGCUCGUCGGGCCGGUUCCUCUGAGGACGGAUUCGGCUUUACCAUCAUAAGCAUCCCGAGUGGACGCGGUGACAUUUCGCCGGACAAGAGCGGCCGUAUAUGGGAUGCGGAGAGUGGGGGCCCUGAGCUGUGGGAAGAGGAGGUGGGGCCACGGACGGUCCCAGGCCUGGUCGGGUAUCAGGACGAGAACGAAAUGACCACACAGCGGGGGGGCAUUAGGAGGCAAGUUCGGCUGCAGCCGUGGGCAGCCAGACAGCCGUCUUUCACAGCAGAGGUGGAGCGAUUCAUCCCCUUUAUCACCACUCCGCAGAUUAACUGUUCUCGGACGCUUGUCCCAGACGAGUCCCGGGAUGAGAAGGCCGCAGCAGAUCUCUGGGCCCUGUGUGUGGAGGGAUGGAUGCUGCCCGUAACAGAUCUGCAGUCGUGUGUCUCUUACUCCUUCAGCAUGGGCCAAAAAGAUGAGGCGUUUGUGAAGAGGAUGUUGUGGGCAGGGUGCGAGGUGCACCAGUUUGACCCGGGCAGGAAACAGCUGCCCGGUCCCGGCCCGGUCCAGCGGCACCACACCUGGCUGGACUGGCGGGGCCCCCGGACGGGCCAGAAAAUGGGGCUCGGCGACGCCACACCCAGAAAGCUCAGUGCCAUAAUGGACUCUCUGGGACACAGCGAGGUCCACUUCAUCAACGCAGACCUGGAAAGUGCAGAGUGGAGAGUUCUGGAGAGCUGGGUCCUGGACGGCACCCUGCGUCGGAUCCAGCAGCUGGUUCUGACCGUGCAUCUGCAGUGGGCAGGGUUUGAGGUCGGGGGCAACAGUACAGAAGUGGUGAGGUUCUGGUACAGCGUGAUCCGGGAGCUCCACUCGGCCGGUUUCCGUCUGCUGCACAGCAGCGAGGGCCCAGGCCAGACCAUACUUCGGCACUCCCUGCCCAACACACACAGCACCUACACGCUGAGCUGGGUCAACACCAGGGGGCGUCACUGAGCCUCUCACCUU